AUGAGUUAUAUGUUGGGACAUUUGCAUAAUGGCUGGCAAGUCGAUCAAGCCAUUCUUUCGGAAGAAGAUCGUGUUGUGGUGAUACGGUUUGGACAUGACUGGGACCCAACGUGCAUGAAAAUGGAUGAAGUGUUAUACAGUAUUGCAGAAAAAGUCAAGAAUUUCGCUGUAAUUUACCUUGUAGACAUCACAGAAGUCCCUGAUUUCAAUAAAAUGUACGAAUUGUACGACCCCUGCACAGUGAUGUUUUUCUUUAGAAACAAACACAUAAUGAUUGAUCUUGGAACUGGUAAUAAUAACAAAAUCAAUUGGACAUUAGAAGAUAAGCAAGAAAUGAUAGAUAUUAUAGAGACAGUAUACAGAGGGGCCAGGAAAGGCCGUGGUUUAGUAGUCUCACCAAAGGAUUAUUCAACGAAAUAUAGAUAUUGA